CACGUCGCUCCUAUAAUACCAUACACGAUGCCCCCCACUCGCACACCCUCCGACGCACACAAACCAGCCACGCGCCAACUAACGUUGACGGGUAAACCCGCGCCCGCCGCGUCCUCGAACCCAUCAUCAUCAUCAUCAACGAAGAAAUCCAAGAACCCAAAGAUAGAGCGCGUAUACACAGACGCCAUCCUCCCCAUCAAGCUUGAAUUCACGGAACUCAUCGCCGCACGGAAGAAGAACCAUGAGUACAGGACGUACAAGGUCCGAGAGACGGUGCAGAGGAUAUGGCUCUAUACUACAGGGGCGACGGGGGCGAUAACGCACGUAAUGCUCACAAGCCGCCCCAAAACGCCCGGCCAAAUACAGGAUCCCACCGGGGUCGGUAACGAUGAUUUUGAUAACGGUUUGAAGAAGAGUGAGUUUGGGUAUCCGGUGUUGGGGCUUUAUAAGUUAAAGGAACCGUUGAAGGCGAGUGAGAUGAGGGCGUAUGGAAUUGGACCGCCGCAGGGACUGGUGUAUGCUACGAAGGAGUUGGUGGAGGGUGUGCCGAUUGAGGAGAUGGAGAGAUUGUUUUAGAGCCAGUUGUGCUUUUGGUCGCUGCUUUUUUGGUCGUAUGGACAAUUUGGUAUAUUCUACACUAUGUGAGUACCAUUUAGACCUUC